GAUCGCAGUUAUCGCAAUCGAUUUUAGGUGGAUAACAUAAUAUACAAAACCAUUUUGUAAAGAACAGCUGAUACAAUUUGACCAUUUCAUAUCCAAUAUAAUUUCUCCAUAAAAGAAGCCAACCCGGGCGCCAAGAUGGUCAACAUCACUUUACCCAACACUGAGGAGCGUGUGAACCUCUUAAAAUCGCGCAUCAACAGGCUGGGUGACAUUACGGUGGCCGGCGAUGUUUGCGCACGCGAAAUUGCAAUGAAAACCAAAAAUUUCACGGAGGACGAGCUGUGCCAACUGGUCCGAGAAGCCCUCCAUGAAGCCAUUGUCCGCACUCACGUCACCAGAUGCCCGAAGGGCCUUCAAGUCACUCAGGUCGAUCUCCUGGCCGCGGUAAAGAUCAUUCAGCCACGAUUUGGCCGGCAGGAGGAGACUCUCCAGCUGCUCAUGCCAUAUGAAUAUCUAGAUCGUACCGCUUUCGAUCCGAAUGAUCUCCUGUCCACCGGACGCCCAAGAUGGUCUUGCCAUCUGGUCGAAGGUAAGCCCAAGUCAGGCCUAACUACGGUGGCCGCUCAAAUGGCUUUGAAAACAGACUGCCCUUUUAUAAAAUACAUCUCGUCGGCCGAAUUGCUGGGACUUAGCGAUUCCGAAAAAUGCCAGAGAAUACGGGAAGUCUUGGAGGACGCCUAUGUUUCCAGGCGCAGCUGCGUCAUCAUUGACGACUUUGAGCGUGUCAUUGGUUACGGCGCCCUGGGUAAGCGGUACUCCAAGGAGUUCCUGCAGAAGCUGACGGUUCUUCUGAAGAAACAACCGCCCAACAGCCACGAGCUCAUCAUCAUUUGCACAAGCAAUCGUCUCGAUGUCCUGGAGGAACUGGGCUUGCUAUCCGUUUUCACUUCAGUUCACAAUGUGCCAAAUGUUUCCACGCCUAAAGAACUUAUGGUCAUAGUGGAAGCUUCAAAACGAUUCGAGCCCGAGGAGCUACGCCAAAUCGAGAUCGCCAUGGAUGGCCGCAACGUCUCCAUUGGCAUCAAACGGUUGCUUGACUUGAUUGCGUGGGUGAAUUCCCUAAAUCCCGACCGUCGAGCUGCCAAAUUGCUGAAGAAAUUGGGCGAAGCAAUGGGAUGGGUAGGGAACCAUUCUAGUCCACUUGUACCUCAAUACAUUUAAGACGUUAGGUUAGGAAAUGCAAUAUUGUAUCUACAAUUCCAGGAAAAUAAUUCCAAGUGAUUCCAAAUAAUUCAGUAAUGCUUUAUAUUUAAAAGAACCACGUAAGCAUAAAAAAACCAUCUAAAAAAAUAAUAUUGCAUUAUUUUUUGGAUGAACUUGCUUCCAUUGCAUUGCAAUGUUCUUAAGACUAAAAUGAACAGCCCGAUAAUGUGAUUGCAAAGAUACUAGAUUAUUAUAUUAUAUAUAUAUUAUAUAUACACCAGGCCAGACCUCUCAGUGGCCUUCGCCUGCUGUACGGAGAGCAUUCCGUCCUCCAGGAGUUCGGUGACCGGUGGGCCCAACAUCUCCUGGGCUGCUCCAAAGGCGGGCUUGAUGUCGUUGUCCAAUAUAUAUAUAUAUACAUAAUUAUAUAUAUAAUAUAUAUUAUAUAUUAUAUAUAUAUAUUAUAUUGUUCUAGUGUCUUUGGUGAUUGGCAUAACAAGUUUUAUUACCAUAUUAUAUAUAUAUAAGUAAAAAUAAAGAUAUUUGAAUUGC